AUGGCUCCCAAACCAGUCCUCAAACCUCUCAUCACUCCAAAGACCAUGUUGUUCCCUUCAGAACUCUACGAUUCACCUGUGGCCAUGGCCCAACCUAGCCCUAUCAAAACAGAAGAUAGUGACUGCCAGACGGCAACAGCCAUCACACCUCCACCGGCAUACACAGAGUUUCUCAAUGCUCUCACGCCAACAUUUAGCCCCGCGAGCUCAGCAUUUCCCAAAUCACCCAUGGAAAAGUCUCGCCCAUCCUCAUUCACGCCAUCCCUCCCCUCCACUAUGCCCCCAAGCUACUCAAAAACAACCUCAUCAAUGGCACUCUCCUCUCCCGCAUCAGCAUCAGCCAGACCCCAUCCCACCCGCCAGCACCGACGAUCACUGUCCUCUCUAUCGCCCUUAUCAACAUACUACCAAAACUACGCCUACUCCCCCUCCGCAGACCACCACUACUCUCCCUACUCCGCGCGGUCUCCCUACAUCAUGACAGCAGCAGCAGACUGGAAGUUGCGAACCAUGGAAUCAUCCCGCAGCACUGGUGCUGGCGCGAAGCCGCCGUCGCGUAGUGUGCGACAUGUUGUUACGAGGACGGUUACGUAUCGGCAGACGCCGACGCCGGCGUUGCAUCCGGCGCCGAGGGGGAAGAAGAGGAGAGGGGAGAGGAGGGAGUAG